GGUGAUCCUUGGCGUCAUGAUGAUCCUUGGCGAACUUGGGAUCGCUCGCAUGGGGCCUGGGGACAGUCUACUUGGCGUAGCGCUGGGUGGUGGACUGGAGAUGGCUACUAUGGCGGGCGCCAGUGGUGGUAUGAUGCCUGGGAUGAUAGGGAUGGUGCUAGGCGUCCAAGUGGGGGUCAAGAUUCCGGCCAUUUUGGCAGGAACAAUCAACGUGAUGCAACAGAUCCGUGGGCCCACUACCAAGGUCCUCCUGAGGGACAGGCCGGUCGUCCUGAUGACCAGGCCUCCGAUGGCUCGGGCAGAGGCUCGGGUGAAUCUCGUGGGAGUGGUGCCAGCGAGGCACAAUCGCCAGGUAGUGGUGGCCGAUGUGACUACGGAGACCGAGAUGCACAGGGCCCAGAUAACAAUCGUGUUCCUGGUCUUGACAGAGAGCGGAGGGGGCCAGGACUUCAAAGGUGGCCUGAGUGAGCGGAUGGCUGUGCCGAGCUUUUCGGCAGACAAGACGGGGGAUGAGCUUGGCAGCUCAGCCUGCUCGUACCUGAGGCAGAUCGAUGCCUGGUGCAAGGUGACGAGAACUCCGGCGUCGCAAAGAGCCCUCUUGCUUUACCAGAAUCUUAGCGGAAGAGCGUGGGUGGAGUCUGAAGAGCUCAGUGUCGAGUUGUUGGCCUCCGAGUACGGCGUGCAGGAGUUUAAGAGAUGGAUCCAGGAAAGGUACCAGGAGAUCGAGGUGUCGAAGAUAGCCGAGGCCUUGACUCAGUUCUUCAAGAAGCUGAGACGUGAAGGAGGUCAGAGUAUCCGUGAGUUCAACUCAGCAUUCGACCGUGGCCACACCCGCUUAUUGGAGAUCGACUGUCGCCUCCCUGAAGUCGCAAAGGCCUGGGCGUACUUGAAUGCCCUCGGCCUCACGAGUGCAGAGGAACUUGCCCUCCUUGCUUCCGUGGGCAAUGAGUACAAUACGGCAAAGUUGCAGAAGGCAGCAGUCCUCCACGAGAAGUCCUUUAAGCCCCCGUGGUUCGUGAGGCGCAACGGCAACGGCAAUCCUGAUGGGGGCAAAGGAAAACCUGUGCGAGGUGCCUUCUUGACCGAGAUUGACGAGGACGACAUUGCCGAGGAGGAGACAGAGCACCUGAUGACCGAGGAAGAGGCCUCUGAGAUGCACGAGGCGUUCAUGGCUCAGGAGUCAGCCAAGGCCCGGUACAGGGAGAUCACGAAGGCUCGGGGAGUGGACCCUAGUUUUCUUCGCAAGGAUGGUUCCAGGAACGAAGCCAGCAACAAGGAUACUCCUGAGGCCAGGUUGCAGCUUGCCAAAAGUCGCUCGUAUUGUGCUGGAUGCCGCCGCAGGGGGCACUGGCACAAAGACCCAGAGUGCCCAAUGAAUCAGCCUGGAGGCCAGAUGACGAAGCCUGGUGGUUCCUCGGGCGCCAAGGACAGCUCCAAGGAGGCGUUUGUGGUGCAGGUUGCCUAUGAGGUCGGCUACAUGGGUGGUCAGGGCUUGGUCGCCAUCACCGACUCCGCAUGCAGUAAAUCUGUGGCGGGACAGGCGUGGCUCCAGAAGUACAUGUUGGCUGGCCGGGAAGCGGGCCUUGAGAUGCAGUUCAUCGACACCCAGGACGACUUCAGGUUCGGGGCCUCCAAGCUUUUCCGGGCUACCUUCACUGCCACGAUUGCGAUCUUCGUUGGUGGACGCGGCUUCUUGGUCAGGGCUUCCAUCGUCCAGGGAGAGGUCCCCCUUCUCCUGUCAAGAAACGUCCUGAGCAAGAUUGGCAUGCUUUAUGAUGUUGAAGGACACAGCGCCUCGUUUCGUCACCUUGGAGUACAAGAUCUCAAGCUCCUCACGACGGAAAAUGGACAUCCGGCUAUUCCCGUACGAGUGAAAGGGCUCCCGACGUUUGCUCUCCCAACGCCCCAGGAGUGGGCCGGGGACGAAGUGCGACUCCUUCCUUCCAGCGAGUCUCAUGCCGCAUACAUGACCAUGACAUGUGAGAGUAGUGAGAGGGCCUCUGCAUCAACCUUUGCUACUUCCAGGAGCUGUGAGUCAGCAUGUGUUGCCGAUGGAGGUGCCGAUCGGAACCUCUCCCAGCCCUUCGAGACUAUCUUUUAUCCGAAGAAGUUAUCGCCCUUUGUCUUCAACUUCUUGAGUGCCGAGGCUUUGAACACUGAUGUUUUCAUGCGUUGGUGGAGUGAGACCAAGCUUGCAAAGGACUUCUGGAUAGAAACGGCUUCUUCUUUCAUACGAAUACACGUCAUUCCCCGGAAAGCACUGUUCUCCCCCGAUGCAUGGCACACAAGUCAGAGCAACGUUCGACUGUGUUCCCUCGUACCCCUUUUCAGAGCAGCAGUUCGGAACAUGUCGUCGCAGAAGGCCAAGACGCUCUGGAACAUGAGUCGGAGCGAGUUGGUAGAAGAAGCUCAUCGGCUGGAAGUGCCGAUACACACUACAUGGGGCAAGGAAGAGAUACGUCAGCUGGUGUCAGAGAAGAGAAAGGAACUACAUGGUCCAUCCAGCGUCCCGAGAGGUCUCUCUUCAAUGACGAUGCCCGAGCUAGUCAAGAAGAUGGACGAGCUGCAGAUCCCGCUUCCACCGAAGCCCACCCGAGGACUCCUUCAGAGGAUCAUACGAGACUCGACAAGAGAUCUGUCGGAACAGAUCGUGACGUUCGGGAGGUACAAGAACUUGCUCUUCAGAGAACUCCCACAUUCGUAUCUUCGCUGGAGUCUUCAGGAGACAGCAGCGCAGGGAUCGGGGGCGUCCCACGAGUUGAGGCAGCUAGCCAACUUUGCCCAGAAGGUCCUCAAUCCUCAGAAGGAGACGUACCACGACCCAGAGAUGAGUGCUGCAAUCCCUUACCAACCGGAUCCAGAGGAGACGAGUUCGACCUCAACGAAGUGGUCUUUGGUGACGGGGACUUCGGAGGCCAUGACAAGCGGGUACAAUCAGGGCAAGAACCAUGUCCCGACAGCGAAGCAGAUGGGAGCCAAGCGCGGCAUCGAAUCCGAGGAGAGCAAGAUGGCCCAGGACACUCCCCCUGGAGGUACGAGAGGAACUCGAGGCACUAACCACCAGGAUCGCCCUGCUCAAGGAGAAGCAUGGAAUGUGAUUCUCUCGUGUGAUGUUGACCUCGACAACGACGCUAGUGCCGAAGGGGUCCUAGAUGUGUGCGGUAUGGAGGCCAAUGCUACCGGGGCCCCUGAAACCUUCUAUGAGUGUCGAGAGUCCAGUGCCGAAGAGCUACCUCUUGAAGUCGUUGCACAAGACCUUUUGCGCACCAAGGAUUACAGCUUCGAGAGUUGUGAAAAACUGGCCCGCCGAGUGUGUGAACAUGCUAGGAACAGUAGACGAAGGCAAGCUCAUGGGGAACAGGGGAGCUCGAUUGCUUUUGGGGCCUAUAGUCAUGGUAACUUCCACGGCAUCAUUAAGAAGACCUUCGACCAUGUCUAUGUUGUGCGCUACAUGAAUGCUUUCUUGCGGGCACAUGGGGCCAAGGGUACCUGGAGUUCCCUCCAGAUCAAUGUGAACUGUCGUCCUCUUGUACAUCGUGAUCAGCACAACCAUAGCGACACCCUUGCAAGCACCAUCUCCUUCGGAAAUUUCCGCGGCGGUCGUCUGUGGAUAGAAACGGAUCCUGAAGCCCAGGUGCCAGAGAUCGGUGUCCCCCACAUUAUGUCAGAUGGCGAAGGGCGUGCUCUUUCAGGACACCUUGUCGACACACGUGCGCUCGUGAAGUUCGAUGGUCGUCGUAAACAUGGCGUAGAAGAGUGGGAAGGGGAUCGUAUCAGCAUUACUGCUUACACAACACGUGGGGUGUCGCAACUGGCACGACAAGAACGGGACAUGCUGAGAAGUUUUGGUUUCCCCGUUGGGCAGGAUACCCCCACGAAGAUCACCGUUGAGGACAAAUCCUGGAAAAACGAACACGCCCGGCGACCCAAGAAGAGCAUCAGAAGACAGAUCAUGCGAGGGGCUAGCCGAGCAAGUGCACUGUUGACCUUAAGUAUGACGGCAGCUUCGAGUUACGUCGCCGAGGUAAUGCUUCCGAGUUCAUCCCCAGACAGACCAUCAAUCCUGGAAAUUGGAGAUUUCGCUGCUACCUACACCCUUGCAGGUCACGACGAGAUCACCGAUGCCAAGUCCAACGAAAUCGCAUCCCAGGUCUUCUCCGCUGCGUUGAAUCAGCUUCCCUUGGUCGACUUCAUCAGAACCUCGGCCACCCAAGCAACCAUGCCUGCGUGUUUGCCAUCUUUGUUGGAUUUCAACCAGCUCGUGAGCGUCGACGUUUUCACAGUUUUCGAUGCAGCCCAGGUGAAACAUUCGUUGCUGUCCGUCAUAGACCAUGCUACAACGUUCCAUCUUGUCGGAGAGCUUGAAGGGCAUUCUGCCGAAGCCUUUGAGCGGAAGUUCACUCAGAUGUGGGGAUCUGUUUUUGGGGCACGAGGAACAAUUGCUGCAGACUUGGAAACUGGUCUACAGGCCGGGCUGGCGAACUAUGCUGAAUUCCAUGGAUGCCGGCUUCGCCCCGCUGCAGGCCAGGCCCAUUGGCAGCAAGGACUCAUAAAGCGUCAUGGGCUCUGGUAUCAGGCCAUGCUCAGAAAAGUCAUAGAUGAGAAGUCCAUCGACGCUAGCGACCUUUACUAUGCCUUGCAAGCAGUGAACUCAGCUAAGAACGAGCUGCGCCGGAGACAUGGUUUCUCACCAACCCAAGCUGUGUUCGGAAAAGAUCCCAAAAUCCCAGGAGAACUGUGCGCUGGCGAUGACGAAGAACGAUACCUGGAAAUACUUUCACAUGAUCGCCAACGACAACGGGAGAUGCAUAUUCGUGCCUCGGCCAGGAGGGACAAAGUCCAACUUCAAACGAGGAUUGCCCGCGAUGAUCUUGAACGACUUCUUAACCUAGAUCCCGAUGACCCCGCUACGUAUGAAGAUGAAGAUCAUGCUGACGACAUUGACGCAGACGAAGGCCUACCAGCGAGCGACGAGGACUCGAAGCUCCUGUACCUCCUCCUGUCCCUCGAAAAACAAUACGAGAAGGAGAUCCCCUGGGCAGUAAUCCCACCAGAACAACAUAGUGCCUUCCGACAAGCAGAGGAGAAACAGUACGACGAACACAUCAAGUAUCAGGCCCUGGAGCCUUUGUCGCUCGAAGAAAGUGCUCGUGUUCGUGAGUGUGUGGACAAAAGUCGUAUCCUCUCUUCAAGGUUUGCCUACAAAGACAAGAACUGGUCCCGGCGGAAGCUUGAUUCUAGUCUUCCUUGGAAACCGAAGGCGAGGAUCGUCGUGUCUGGACACCGCGAUCCAGAUAUCGGUCUCCUAGACACCGACGCGCCUACCAUCAACAGACUAUCGGUGCUCACCAUCAUGCAGCUUGUAGCAAGUCGGAGGCAAUCUCAUGGGUGGGAGGCAUCAGCAGGUGACAUUACUGCAGCUUUUCUCAACGGAGAUGCUCUGGAAAGGGUCUUGUAUCUCAGACAGCCCCGUUCAGGUCUUGCUUCUCUACAUCCAGACCAACUGCUACGAAUCACCAAAGGUAUCUUUGGCGUUCCUGACAGUCCUCGCAAAUGGUGGAGGCGCUUCCGAAAGGACAUGUUAGCAGUGCGGCUAAGUGUAGAGGGCGUUGAGUACAAGUUUGUGCAGAAUGCGCUUGACCCUUGCCUUUUUCAGCUUGUUCCGUCCGAUAAUGAAGCUAGCGAACCGGCAGCAUAUGCCGGAGUACAUGUCGAUGACAUCCUGGUUGCUGGCGACAAGAAGAUGUCCGAAGCUAUCCGCAAUGCCCUCUCGAGCAUCUUCCCAGUCGACGACUGGGAGAUCAACAGCUUCGACUACAUUGGAAGCCACAUCGAGGUGAAUGACUCAGGUGUCUUCAUCAGUCAAGAGGCGUAUGCUGGAGGGCGACUGUUCCAAAUCGACAUCGGCAAGGGGCAGGAAGAUGAAGAGCCUGCUUCUGAAGAACAACGAAUCGACAACCAGUCUCUCAUCGGCGCCCUUUCCUGGCUUGGAUCCCAGAGUCGUCCUGAUAUUCAAUGCUCAGUUUCGCUUGCACAACAACUCCAAAAGAACCCAAGCGUUGCUGACCUGAAGUUCACCAACCAGAUAGCGCGACGAGCGUGGGAUCAUCGAGACAAAGGGAUUUGGCUACGACCUUUGAAACUUGAGAGCCUAGAGUUCUUAGUGUACCACGACUCGGCAUGGGCGAAUGCAGAGCUCACAGGUGAGGAUGGUUUCCGCCUCGAGUACGAGGACCAUGUCAGCGGCGUCAUGAAGAAUACACCUUUUGACAUCAAAGAAAGAAAGGCCAAACGGGCGAAUUCCAAGGUCGCCAGCCAGUUCGGAAUCCUCAUCUUCUUGACCGAUGGAGAGCAGUACUCAGCUGGAGGCUGUUCCGAGGCCAUCGAGAUGGGGCAGUAUGUGAGAUCCUUUGUGCAAACAGUGCUGCGCGGCCGCCUCCAACGUGUACAGGACUUGAGCGGCAGUCAGCUGAAGUGCAUCACGGAUUGCAAAUCACUAUUCGACCAUUUGCAUCGAGAAGGCAUCCCAAGGAUCCCUUCAGACAAACGUCUAGCCAUAGAUCUCGCUGCGUUGAGGCAAUAUCUGUGUGAAGAGCAAGCCAAUGGCAAACCUCCACUCUUUUGGGUCCCCACCGAGUUCCAACUUGCUGAUAUCCUUACCAAACCUAAGCGUCGACGAGAUCCGCCCGCAGGCUUUUGGUCAGAGGAAAACGUGCGCGAGGUAUUUGCCCUUCUGAUGAUCCUAGUCCUCGUCAACGCCCAGCGCCUUAUUUUGGUAGGUACCUUAGAGAACGGCUGA